AUGCGUGAGCAAGCACGGGGGAAAGGGAUGGCGCUGCAGCGCUUCGACGAGCAGCCGCGCUACACGGAGGUGAACCCCGGGGAGGACGCGCUGCUGGUGUGCAAGGUGUUCAACAAGCGCGGCACCUGCUCCUGGCAAAAGGACAACAAGCCCGUGGGCAUGUACGCGCGCAAGUACGAGUGGGCGGGGUCGCGCGACGCGGGCGACUGCAGCCUGCUGGUGCGCGCCGCGGUGCUGGAGUUCGACGACGGCGAGUGGGAGUGCCAGGUGACGGCGUCCGAGUUCACCACGCAGGACGCGCUCACCUCGGCGCCCGUGCGGCUCGUCGUGCGCGUGCAGCCGCAGAGGCCGCGCAUCGAGUUCAACUCGAGC